GCGGGACCGGAAGUAGCGCUGCCCGGGCGGGGGUCGUGGUUGCACCGUCCCGGAGCCUGGUGGCUGUGGAGCCGGCGCGGAGCCGGGCCGACAGGACGGGACGGGCGCGCACGGGCAGGCGGCGAGAUGGCGACCGGCGCGGACGUGCGGGACAUCCUGGAGCUGGGCGGCGUGGAGUCGGAGAACACGGGCACCAUCAACAAAAAGGACAUCAUCAACUCCGAUAAGAAAAAAUCCAAGAAAUCUUCAGAGACAUUGACGUUCAAGAGGCCAGAGGGAAUGCACCGAGAAGUUUAUGCGCUCCUCUACUCUGACAAAAAGGAUGCACCUCCACUGCUGCCAAGUGAUACAACUCAGGGUUAUCGAACAGUCAAAGCAAAACUGGGGUCCAAGAAAGUUCGCCCUUGGAAAUGGAUGCCCUUCACCAACCCAGCAAGAAAAGAUGGAGCAAUGUUCUACCACUGGAGGAGAGCAGCAGAGGAAGGGAAGGACUACCCUUUUGCCAGGUUCAAUAAAACAGUGCAGGUACCUGUCUACUCGGAGCAGGAGUAUCAGAUGUAUCUGCAUGACGAUGCGUGGACCAAAGCUGAGACAGACCACCUCUUUGACCUGGCUCGGCGUUUUGACCUGCGCUUCGUGGUGAUUCAUGACCGCUAUGAUCACCAGCAGUUCAAGAAAAGGUCAGUGGAGGACCUGAAGGAACGCUAUUACCACAUCUGUGCCAAAUUGGCUAAUAUUCGUGCUGCUCCAGGUACAGACCUGAAAAUCCCAGUCUUUGAUGCUGGCCAUGAGAGACGGAGGAAGGAACAACUGGAAAGGCUGUACAAUAGGACGCCAGAGCAGGUGGCAGAAGAAGAAUAUCUCAUCCAGGAGCUCCGCAAAAUCGAAACCAGGAAGAAAGAAAGAGAAAAGAGAACCCAAGACCUGCAGAAACUCAUCACAGCUGCUGACACCACUACCGAGCAGAGACGUGCGGAGCGCAAGGCUCCUAAGAAGAAGCUGCCACAGAAGAAGGAGACAGAGAAGCCUGCUGUUCCUGAGACUGCUGGCAUCAAGUUUCCCGACUUCAAAUCUGCAGGUGUCACGCUGCGGAGCCAGAGGAUGAAACUGCCAAGCUCGGUGGGACAGAAGAAGAUUAAAGCCCUGGAGCAGAUGCUGAUGGAACUCGGAGUAGAUCUCAACCCCAUGCCCACGGAGGAGAUCGUGCAGAUGUUCAACGAGCUGCGGAGUGACCUGGUGCUGCUGUAUGAGCUGAAGCAGGCCUUUGCCAACUGCGAAUAUGAGCUGCAGAUGUUACGGCACCGAUAUGAGGCCCUGGCCAAAGCUGGUAGUAUUGGCCCCCUCAGUGUGGAAGGCACCCAUCCGGACGGCCAGGCAGGGCUCGGCAUCGAGGAGGGCAAGGGAGAUUCCAAGGACCAGAUCAUUGAUGUAGUAGGAGCACCACUGACCCCCAACUCGGUGAGAAGGAAGGUUGGGGGGGCAGAACAGGGAGCACUCAGGUCUCCGACACAGAUGCCCUGACAAGUGCUGGGGACGCUGCCCUGCUCUCCCUCCAGGCGUGCGCGUCCAAGGGAGCACAGCACGCCUGUUCCCCCAAGUCCCAGUGUUGCUCUCUGGGCACAUCUCUUGUGCUGGACAGUGUUCUUGGUGCUAUAGGUGGGGUCAGCAGGGCUUUCGACAUCCUGCAUGCAGACAGAUGGCUUGACAUGGGUGCCACCACAGACCAAAGCAGUGAGGCCUUGGGUGAUCCAAGCUUGCACCGGGGCAGGAACAGUGAUGCCAGUACAGCUGCAGGCCUCAGGCGCUUCCCUCCUAGACACAACCCCAUGAGGGUUGCUCAGCAAAGGGAGGUGAGCGGGAUUAGUGGUCCUGAGAUGAUGAGCCAUGAUCUGCUCGAGUUCCUGGAGUCGAGCAGUAGCCCUACCUAAGGCAGGAGGCUUGGGAAGGAGAGAGGUAUUUGAAGAGCCAAGGGGGUGUUUUUAUGCCACCCUUCCAGUGCUGAGAAAGGAAACCCAGACUUCAGGGUUGUGGGGGCCACCCUAGCUUCCACCAUGAGCCCUGUGGCAGCAUCCUGGGCACAUGCACAUCACCAGCCCUCUCCUCCCUGCCUCCAUGAGGGUAGGCUACCUGCCCCUCACCACUGCUCCAGGGCCAAGGAUAUACCUGGCGGUCAGCCAAGGUUGCUUUCCCCCUGUGCAGUCCUCUUGCAGAGCUGAGCUGAACUGCCUGAUAAAAACCUGCCCGUCUCCACACACUGGCAUCCCUGACGCCUCAGCUAUACUGCCCCCGUUAGCAGCGGCACAGACCUUUACUUUCUAAAAUGUAUAAUGUAUUGCAGGAUAUUGAGAACACCUUAUCUGUCAACGACAGAGGUGACACAUUAAUCUGGACUUGAGUAAUGUCCUAUUCAAUGUGACAAUAUGGAGUCGUAAGGAAGCGUUCCACUGAGCCAGGUUCAUGUUUGCAAAGACGUCUUCUGAAUUUUUUUCACUGCAUUCAGUCCACCACCACCCCUACACACAUGCCGGGGUCCAGAGGGGGUUCAGUUUGCAAACCUUUCAGGCUGAUUCACAGCACACUCGCUCUCCCUUGAGCCUUUGCUUGUUGGGAAGUUGGGGGAGAUGGUAAUGGUGGCUGCAGGAGGAGGGAGCCCCAGUGUGUUUCUGACCAUGUUCUUCCUCAGCGCCACCUCCUGGAAUUGGGAACAAAGAGGUGGGCCCAGGCAGCACAGAGAGGGUUAAAGUGACCUGGUCUCUGACAUAUUUGAAAGAAAUAUAAUCAAGUUAAUUCACUGCAAGGCAAAUUCAGUACCUAAAGGGCCCCCAUGUUAAAUACAGCACUGACCUUUACCGGCUGAUUACACAAAGACGACACAAUUAGAUUAGUCCAAGACAAAAGGUCAAGCACAUUCACACUGUGACCAUUUUAUGCUACCUUUUGAGGGGGGAAAAAUUACAUCCCAGCUGGAGGGGUAUCUUGGAGAGGAGGGGAAUGGGGCUGCCAUACUAUGUUCUGCCUGGCUCAGGUAUGUUGUGAGAGUCAGGCUGGGCCUAGCACUUUGCUUGCCUUGUCCCUUUUUCACCGCCCUCACCAGUGAGGCAGUGUGAGAAACCAGCAGUCUGUGGUCCACCAGCGGCUUUUCCAGGGAUUGAAUUGAACGGUGGCUGUGUAUGCUUUCUGCCAAGACUGCUGGCAGGAGCAGCCCCAGUGCCUCUUGCUCAGUGUCAUGGUUAAAACCAGGACAAGAUCAGCGGGCUGGAGUCAGCCUUGAGAAGGGAGAUGGCUGGGGAAGGUGCUGGUGGGGUGCAUAUGAGUGUCCCCAUCCUGCACAGCUGUAACCCUGAGGUGUCCCAGGAUCAGGUGCCUGGGGUGAUGGGAGUGGUGUAGGAGUCAGUAGGCCCAGGACAUGGCACUGCAAAGGCCAUUUCCGUGUAAGCCUGUGCAUUGCCCUGUGUAAGCACAGUGCAUAGCCCCAGGAGCCUCAGCCUUUUUGCCUACCCAGUGCUCAGCAGGCAUGUGCUCUGCAGCGGUCUUUGCCUCCCUCACCUCCUGCAGCCCUGGCUGUGGGUGUUUCUGUGGGUGACACCUUGCCCUUCCCUUUCCUUCAGUGGUUUAACCCAGCCACCCUAGCAUUGAACUCCCAAGUUCAAGCACCUGCUUUGAUGCUGAGCUGCUAGGGGCCCUCAGGGGAGUCAUUUAAUCUCCCUGCUUCAAAUCCCUCUGAGUUAAGUAGAGAAUCCUUUUGUGCUGUUGAGUGCUGCCCAUCCAUGGCACUCCACACGUUGGAUUAAGCAUGGAUUAGUUCAGUCUCCAGACCAGCUGCUCCUCUGAAGCCAGAUUUGUUUCCCCAGAGAGGCGUCUUGUUCCAAGUGUUGGAGGGAUGGAGUGCAAAGCCAGAAGUCAGAGUCCUGACUCCCAAGUCCUGCCCUGGAAACCUGGCUUCCUUUACAGGAAUUAGCAUUAAUGAGCAAAGCUACCCCAGGGUCCUGAGAUGCUGGCUGUGGGAGCAGCUGGCUGCCACCAUCUCCCCAGGCAGUGCUCUCAGCCUGCGGACAGGGACACUCUUGUUAGCAGGGUGUUUCUCCAGCUCGGUCCUUGCCCUGGGGAAAGGCAGAAGCGGCCAUCACUGGGGGAGCAUCCAGCCCCCCAGCAGCACUGCCUGUUAGAGAUGCUGGUCCUUGGGCCUCACUGCUAGCCCUGGAAGCCUCUCGUGUCUGCGUCAAGCACCCGUGGGUGCACUACAGCUCCAUGUGGCGGAGCAUGUCCUUUUAGUCUGGGUAUCUCGGUGGCAAGACACUGUGGGCCAGCAUGAAGCCCAUCACCGUUCUGCCCUGCUGCGUCCACUGCGUUCCUCCUACCAUGGCUGCCUGUCCAUCCUCUCCUAGGGGCUGUGGUGCCCAUUGCUGACCAUUAAAGCAGAGCUGAGAUCCCCCCAGUGCUGUGUGCUGCUGACCCCGGUAGGGACUUUACUCGGGGCCCUCGGGAGGUGAAAGGUGAGCCGAACUUGGAACAAAUUAGUUCCAAGCAGAAGUUCAGCCAGUUACUCCAGAUUGGAUCCUUUGAUUUCUGCAACUCAGACUCCACUCAGUGAUCUGUAAUGAGUGACUCUCAGAAAUCCUCACAUUGCAGCACUUUGUUCCUGAGCUCACAAGUCAGCCCAUUAAUGGGUAAAGGAAAAGACCUUGAGUCUAAGAAGUCUCGGGUUCAGAGUCAGAAUUAUUUGACUUUUAAGCUUCCUUUAUCUGAACUCCUGCUGACUUCUUGUUUUCUGAGCCUGUUUGAAAGCCAGAAGUUACAUUGUUAAGAUCAAACAUUCUCUCUUUCCAGAUGGAGUUACAAUAUCUGUCUUUUUUAUAUAUAUAUAUAUAUAUAUAUAUAUUUUAAUAUAUAUAUAGUGUAUAUAUACCAGGGUGUAUAUAUAUUCCUCUCUUUUUUUUUUUAAUCGCUCUUCCCAUUAAAAGAAACUAGACUUGUAGGCUCUUGUAAAUUAUAAUGUAAAACAUUUUUUUUAACCAGACAGUUCCCAAUUUUGCCCAAGGCAACUGGAAUAGCUGCGCCACAGAAGGCAAUAGGAAGGUGAUUAAUAUGAAUUUGUGACAUAUUUGAAAGAUGGGUCUUUUGCCAUAUAAAGAUUAUCAAACACAUGUGCUCUUCCCCAUUAAUUCCACAGCCUUCCCAGGAAAGCUACAAAGCCCAGCUUCUUUGUUUCCAGGGUGGGUUUUUGUUUUCUUAAAUGUACCUUUCGGUCCCCUUGAUUACCAUGUAUUUGAUUUUUAUAGGGCAUCUGUUCGCACUGUUGUGUGGGUUCUCUGGCCCUUUUAUUUCCCUGUUAAUCGGAUCCCGAGAAGGCAGCCGUGCCAGGUCCUCUGACGAAA